CUUAACUCUGCAAAAAAAAGGAGACAAAAAAUUUUAAAAUAAUUUUUCCAACGCUGCACAGUAAUUUUUCCGUCUGGCUUCAGAUCAGCAAAAAUUUCCAUUUAAAAAAUCCAUUACAUCAUUGUCCAAUUCAAUUUCAAUUUGGUUGUUUCUAGUCAAGUUUAACAUUCGUCAAGGUAUUCACUAGUCAUGUCCAAAUUUGAAGCCAUUAGAAAGAGAUCACACGCAUUGGAUCCAUGUACCGCGUCCAAUUACUCUGAUUUUAAAGUGGUGUUGACGGAUUUAUCGUUAAAUGUAUCAUUUACAAACCAAAAGUUGGAUGGGAAAGUGAUUUAUUAUUUACAAAAUUUAACUUCUGCUGAGGUAUUGAUAUUAGACACUUCUUAUUUGAAUGUAUCAUCUGUUAUAGUCAACAAUUCCAAAGUUGAAUUUGAUUUGAAGGAAGGUAAAGUUCCAUUUGGCUCUCCAUUACAUAUACCAUUAACUUCAACUACCAGCGAAAGAUUAGUGAUUGAAAUUGACUUCGCUACUACUGAUAAAUGUACUGCCAUUCAAUUCAUUCAAGGUGAUACUGGUCCAUAUAUCUUUUCUCAAUGUCAAGCUAUCCAUGCUCGUAGUUUAUUCCCAUGUUUUGAUACUCCAGCUGUCAAAUCUCCCUAUAAAUUUAAAGCUACUUCUCCAUCAGUAUGUACUAUGUCAGGUAGACCUCAACCAAGUUCAGAAAAGAAUACUUAUAUCUUUGAUCAACCAAUCCCAAUUCCAUCUUAUUUAGUCUCCAUCACUUCAGGUCAAUUACAUAAAGCUCCUAUUGGUCCAAGAUCAGAUGUUUAUUGUGAAUUACCUCAAUUAAAACAAUGUCAAUUUGAAUUUGAAAAAGAUAUGGAAAAUUUCAUUCAAAUUGCUGAAGCUUUAGUUUUUGAUUAUGAAUGGUUAAGAUUUGAUUCAUUGGUUUUACCAUCAAGUUUCCCUUAUGGUGGUAUGGAAAUUCCAAAUAUGACUCAAUUAACUCCUACUUUAAUUAGUGGUGAUAGAACUCAAGUUAAAGUCAUGGCCCAUGAAUUGGCUCAUUCAUGGUCAGGUAAUUUAGUUACUAAUUGUUCUUGGGAACAUUUCUGGCUUAAUGAAGGUUGGACUGUUUAUUUAGAAAGAAGAAUUAUUGGUGCUAUUGCUGAACAAGAAGCUAAAGAAGAAGGAAAAUCUAAUCCAAAAGAAUAUGGUGAACAAGUAAGACAUUUCAAUGCUAUUAUUGGAUGGAAUGCGUUAGUUGAUACUGUUGAACAAAUGAAUCCAAAAUUUACUUCCUUAAUUUGGGAUUUAAAGAAUGAAGAUCCUGAUGAUGCAUUUUCAAGAAUCCCAUAUGAAAAGGGGUUUAAUUUCUUAUUCCAUAUUGAAACUAAAUUAGGAGGUGUUACUGAAUUUGAUCCAUUUAUUAAAUAUUAUUUCAAAAAGUUCCGUUAUACUUCAUUAGAUAGUGCUCAAUUCAUUGAAACUUUAUAUGAAUUUUAUCAACCAUUAGGUAAAACUCAUUUAUUAGAUUCGAUUGAUUUCAAUAAAUGGUUAUUUGAAUCAGGAUUACCAGAAUAUCCAAAUUUCGAUACUACAUUAGCUGAUCAAGUUUAUGCUUUAGUUGAUAAAUGGGUUGCUUUCGUUAAAGAUGGUGAAAAGGGAUCUGCCCUUUCUACCUUUUCUGAAACUGAUAUUGCUGAUUUCGAAGGUAAUCAACAAAUGUUAUUUAUUGAAUCUUUAUCGGAUAAAUUCAAAGAUUAUAAUGUUUCUAUUGAUUUAAUUAGAUCAUUCCCUCAAAUUUAUCCAAAAUUAGCUGCUAGUGCCAAUGGAGAAAUCUUAGCUGCUUGGAAUGAUUUACUUAUUAAAUAUGGUAAAUUCACCAGUACUGAUAAACAAGUUGAAUUCUUUGCUAAUUGGGUUGGAUCAGUUGGUCGUAUGAAGUAUGUUAGACCAGGCUAUAAAUUAUUAAUGACUGGAGUUAGUAAAGAAUUUGCUAUUGAAACCUUCAAAAAGUUUGAAGAUAAAUAUCAUCCAAUUUGUAGAGCUAUGGUUAAAAAGGAUCUUGGUUUAAAUUAAGCAAAACAAAACAACCAUCUCAGUCUUAUAUAUAUACGUAAUUUAUAGUAACAUUUUAUAUGUUCUACCACCUCAUGAAUACACGAAUGCAUACAUGAUGACAUCUAUCGAUUAUACACUCUAGUGAUGUCUAUAGUUUUGUUUAAUUGCAAAAAAAAUACUAACCGC